CAGCUGCCGACUUAAACUUGGAGGGGGAAAAGAGCCACCCACGCCGUGCGACCCUCCCUUGCCCCCAUCCCCACCCCGCCUCCGGAUCCUGUCAUCCUCCUCUGUCGCUCUCAACCUGCCCGCGUUCUCGGCUCCAUCCCUGCGCUCCUACCACAGCUCACGAGAUCCGUCGGAUCCAGGGCCCGGGUUCCCAGGGCUCUCCAGCCGGAUCCCGGGUGGGCGCCGGGCUGGGGGUCCGGGCCAGCCCUCAUGGCCGCCGCCCCCUCCCAUCCCGCCGGGCUCCCGGGGUCUCCCGGGCCGGGUUCUCCUCCACCCCCCGGCGGCUUGGAGCUGCAGUCGCCACAACCUCUGCUGCCCCAGGCUCCCGCCCCGGGCUCCGGGGUCUCCUUCCACAUCCAGAUCGGUCUGACCCGCGAGUUCGUAUUGCUGCCCGCCGCCUCAGAGUUGGCCCAUGUGAAGCAGCUGGCCUGUUCCAUCGUGGACCAAAAGUUCCCGGAGUGUGGCUUCUACGGCCUUUACGACAAGAUCCUGCUCUUCAAACAUGACCCCACGUCCGCCAACCUCUUGCAACUGGUGCGCUCUGCCGGGGACAUCCAGGAGGGCGACCUGGUGGAGGUGGUACUGUCCGCCUCUGCCACCUUUGAGGACUUCCAGAUCCGCCCGCACGCUCUCACGGUGCACUCCUACCGAGCACCGGCCUUCUGCGACCACUGCGGCGAGAUGCUCUUUGGCCUGGUGCGGCAGGGCCUCAAAUGUGACGGCUGCGGGUUGAACUACCACAAGCGCUGCGCCUUCAGCAUCCCCAACAACUGCAGUGGGGCCCGCAAGCGGCGCCUCUCGUCCACAUCUCUGGCCAGUGGCCAUUCAGUGCGCCUCGGCAGUUCCGAGUCCCUGCCCUGCACCGCUGAGGAGCUGAGCCGUAGCACCACAGAACUCCUGCCUCGACGCCCACCCUCGUCCUCCUCCUCUUCUUCUGCCUCAUUCUACACUGGCCGCCCCAUUGAGCUGGAUAAAAUGCUGCUCUCCAAGGUCAAGGUGCCUCACACCUUCCUCAUCCACAGCUACACACGGCCCACUGUUUGCCAGGCCUGCAAGAAACUUCUCAAGGGCCUCUUUCGCCAGGGUCUGCAGUGCAAAGACUGCAAGUUUAAUUGUCACAAACGCUGUGCUACCCGUGUCCCUAAUGACUGUCUGGGGGAGGCGCUCAUCAAUGGAGAUGUGCCAAUGGAGGAGGCCACCGAUUUCAGCGAGGCUGAUAAGAGCUCCCUCAUGGACGAGGCCGACGACUCCGGUGUCAUCCCUGGCUCCCACUCAGAGAAUGCCCUCCAUGCCAGCGAGGAGGAGGAAGGCGAGGGAGACAAGGCCCAGAGCUCCCUGGGCUACAUCCCGCUGAUGAGGGUGGUGCAGUCGGUGCGACACACGACCCGUAAAUCCAGCACCACGCUGCGCGAGGGUUGGGUGGUUCAUUACAGCAACAAGGAUACGCUGAGGAAGCGGCACUACUGGCGCCUGGACUGCAAGUGCAUUACGCUCUUCCAGAACAACACGACCAACAGAUACUACAAGGAAAUUCCGCUGUCAGAAAUCCUCACCGUGGAGACUGCACAGAACUUCAGCCUCGUGCCUCCGGGCACCAACCCACACUGCUUCGAGAUUGUCACUGCCAAUGCCACCUACUUUGUGGGCGAGACUCCUGGUGGGGCUCCUGGCGGGCCGAGUGGGCAAAGUGCUGAGGCGGCCCGAGGUUGGGAGACAGCCAUCCGCCAGGCCCUGAUGCCCGUCAUCCUCCAGGACGCACCCAGUGCCCCAGGCCACGCACCCCACAGACAAGCAUCUCUGAGCAUCUCUGUGUCCAACAGCCAAAUCCAGGAGAAUGUGGACAUCGCCACUGUCUACCAGAUCUUCCCAGAUGAGGUGCUGGGCUCGGGGCAGUUUGGAGUGGUCUAUGGAGGAAAGCACCGGAAGACGGGCAGGGAUGUGGCAGUGAAGGUCAUUGACAAAUUGCGCUUCCCCACCAAGCAGGAGAGCCAGCUGCGGAAUGAAGUGGCCAUUCUCCAGAGUCUGCGGCACCCCGGGAUCGUGAACCUGGAGUGCAUGUUCGAGACGCCCGAGAAGGUGUUCGUGGUGAUGGAGAAGCUGCACGGGGACAUGCUGGAGAUGAUCCUCUCCAGCGAGAAGGGCCGGCUGCCCGAGCGCCUCACCAAGUUCCUCAUCACCCAGAUCCUGGUGGCACUGAGACACCUUCACUUCAAGAAUAUCGUCCACUGUGACUUGAAACCGGAAAACGUCUUGUUGGCAUCAGCUGACCCCUUUCCUCAGGUGAAGCUGUGUGACUUUGGCUUUGCCCGUAUCAUUGGAGAGAAAUCCUUCCGGCGCUCAGUGGUGGGCACACCUGCCUACCUGGCGCCCGAGGUGCUGCUCAACCAGGGCUACAACCGCUCCCUGGACAUGUGGUCAGUGGGUGUGAUCAUGUAUGUCAGCCUCAGUGGCACGUUCCCCUUCAAUGAGGACGAGGACAUCAACGAUCAGAUCCAGAACGCUGCAUUCAUGUACCCAGCCAGCCCCUGGAGCCACAUCUCAGCUGGAGCCAUCGACCUCAUCAACAACCUGCUGCAGGUGAAGAUGCGCAAGCGCUACAGCGUGGACAAGUCUCUCAGCCACCCCUGGCUACAGGAGUACCAGACGUGGCUGGACCUCCGAGAGCUGGAGGGGAAGAUGGGCGAGCGGUACAUCACACACGAGAGCGACGACGCGCGCUGGGAGCAGUUUGUGGCCCAGCGCCUGCUGCCUGGCCCCGGGCUACCUGCCGAAACGGAGCUUGGUGGCACCCGUUUGCCACAGGACCACGAGAUGCAAGGACUGGCCGAGCGCAUCAGUGUCCUCUGAGUGUCCCCGCCUGGUUGUCGCCCUCGGGAGCAGCCUUACAUACCAUCCCAGGAACAAACUGUUCUAGGGGAAGUGGCUUCCUGCCCACACCGAUGGGACAUGUGCAGGGGGCUGGGGUGGGGAGUUAUUCCCAAAGGCCCCCUCCCCCUCCCCCAAUAUUAAAAUGGACUGGUCUCUGGCCCCAUGGCCUUGGUCUUGGCAGC